CUCGAGUACAAUCUCCUAAAAGAUACUUGCAUCACCAACAAAGCCAAACCAAUAAUCCUGCUGCGGGGAGCCGAAAGCAUGGAACACCACCAUUUCUUACUUGUGCACGGCGCCUGCCACGGCGCGUGGAGCUGGUACAAGCUCAAGCACCGGCUCGAGUCGGCCGGCCACCGCGUCACGGCUCUCGACCUCGCCGCCUCCGGCACCCACACGAAGUCCAUGCACGACAUCCGCACGUUCCGCGAGUACACCGAGCCGCUGCUGGAGCUCAUGGCUUCGCUCGGGGCGCACGAGAGGGUGAUCCUCGUCGGCCACAGCUUGGGCGGCUUGAGCUUGGCUCUCGCUGCCGACAGGUUCCCGGAGAAGAUAUCGGCAGCUGUCUUCUUGACGGCUUUCAUGCCAGACACCGCCCAUCGGCCGUCGUAUGUGUUGGAAGAGUAUUGUGCAAGGGCUCCGGAGGGAGCAUGGCUGGACACCCAAUUCGCGCCCAUGGGAGAGCCCGACAAUCCCUUGACAUCCAUGUUCUUCGGCCCCGCCUUCUUGUCAUCCAAGCUCUAUCAAAUGUCUCCUCUCGAGGAUCUGGAACUCUGUAAGAUCUUGACGAGGCCAGGGUCGUUGUUCCUGGAAGACCUGAGAACGUCGAGCAACUUCACCCGCGAAGGGUACGGGUCGACCGUGCGGGUCUACGUCGCGUGCGGGCAAGAUCUGGGGAUACCUCUGGAGUUCCAACGAUGGAUGAUCGCCACUGGUGGGGCCGACCACGUCGUGGAGGUGGAAGGCGCGGAUCACAUGCCUAUGCUCUCGACGCCGCAGGAGCUUUGCGAUUGUCUGCUGGAGAUUGGGGCUAGGUACGCACGUGCCUAACGUUGCGACGGCGUAGGGGGGCUUCGGCUAUGUCCGAUAGUUUGUGGUUUGGGUUUUUCGGAUUCUGCUUGGUUUGUGUUUCCUUUUCGGUUGUCGGGUCGGAUUCGGAGAGCUAUUGUAUUGUUUUAGCUCGUAUGUGAUCCAGAUAA